AUGGCGGAGAGGCUGAGGGAGAAGGGUUAUGAUGGUGCGGUUUGUAGAUCGAAGUGGCAACGAUCGCCGGACAUUCCUUCAGGUGAACACAGCUACGUGGACGUACUAAUCGGGCCGAGAAACGGGCUCAAGGGCCCAACCCGAAUAAUAAUCGAGCCCAACUUCAAAGCCGAAUUCGAGAUGGCGAGAGCCAGCCAGGAGUACAACGCACUGGUGGCGCGGCUGCCGGAGAUGUUCGUCGGAAAGUCUGAGAAGCUUAAAUCGGUGGUGAAGAUAAUGUGCAGGGCGGCCAAGCGUUCCGUGAAGGAGAAUAAAAUGCACAUGGCACCUUGGAGGAAACACGAGUACAUGCUCUGCAAGUGGGUUCGCUCCUGCGAGAGGCUCUCGCC